AUGAUCACUGCCUAUUUAAGUCAACAGACUCGUAGGACUACUCAACAGGCCUUUCGUAGAAUCACGUCUCGCUCAUUAGCCACUCAACACAACCCCGUGGUUGAAAAAGACUGUUCCUCCAUCACUCCUCCUUAUGCCAAGUUAACCAAGAAUCUUGAUCUCGUCAAGCGUAUUUUGGAUAACCGCCCUCUCACCUUGGCUGAGAAGGUUGUUUAUUCUCACUUGACAAAUCCUGAAGAAACUGUGCCUGUCAGAGGUGAAACCUACUUGAAGCUGUCUCCUGAUCGUGUUGCUAUGCAAGAUGCCUCUGCUCAAAUGGCUCUUCUUCAAUUCAUGCUCUCUGGCAUGCCUACUACUGCUGUUCCCAGUAGUAUCCAUUGUGAUCACUUAAUUGCUGCCAACGAAGGUGCUGAUAAGGAUGUCGCUCAGUCCAUCAUUGCCAACAAGGAGAUUUUCGACUUUUUGGAAAGUGGUGCUAAAAAGUACGGUAUUGCUUUUUGGAAGCCUGGAAGCGGUAUUAUCCAUCAAAUCGUGUUGGAGAACUAUGCUGCUCCCGGUGGCUUGAUGCUCGGUACCGAUAGCCAUACCCCUAAUGCAGGUGGUUUGGGUAUUGUUGCUAUUGGUGUUGGCGGUGCUGAUGCUGUAGAUGCUAUGGCCAACAUUCCUUGGGAAUUGAAGGCUCCCAAUGUCAUUGGUGUCAAGCUGACCGGUCAGUUAAGUCCCUGGGCUAGCCCUAAAGAUGUCAUCUUGAAGAUGGCUGGCCUUUUGACUGUUCGCGGUGGCACUGGCCAUAUCAUUGAAUACUUUGGUGAGGGUGUCAAGACAUUGUCUUGUACUGGUAUGGCUACCAUGUGUAAUAUGGGUGCCGAAGUUGGUGCUACUACCUCUCUCUUCCCUUACACCGACAGCAUGCGUUCCUACUUGAACUCUACUGGCCGUCGUGCUGUUGGCCAAGCUGCUGAUGCCAACCUUGAAUUCUUGCGUGCUGAUGCUGGUGCUCACUAUGACAAGGUCAUUGAAAUCAACCUCUCUGAAGUGGAGCCCCAUAUCAACGGUCCUUUCACUCCCGAUUUGAGCACUCCUCUGAGUAAAUUCAAGGACUUUAUUGCUGAGAAUGGCUGGAAGGAUGAUCUGACUUCUUCAUUGAUUGGCAGCUGUACCAACUCAUCUUACCAAGAUAUGUCUCGUGCUGCUUCUAUCGCUAAGCAAGCCUCAGAUGCUGGUGUCAGCAUUCAAUCCCAAUUCUUGGUCACUCCAGGUUCCGAGCAAAUUCGUGCUACCAUUGAGCGUGAUGGACAGCAACAAGUGUUUGAAAGCGUGGGUGGUCAAGUCUUGGCCAAUGCAUGUGGUCCUUGUAUCGGUCAGUGGAAGCGUUCUGAAAAGAAGGGCGAAGAGAAUGCCAUUUUAACCUCGUUCAAUCGCAACUUCCGUAGUCGUAAUGAUGGCAAUGCUCAAACUAUGAACUUUUUGGCCGCUCCUGAGAUUGUCACCGCCAUGGCAUUUUCCGGUAAACUGUCAUUCAACCCCAUGACCGAUAGCUUGAAGGACAAGGAUGGUAACGACUUCAAGUUCCAACCUCCCACUGGUGAUGAUCUUCCUAUCAAUGGCUUCGAAGCUGGCCGUGCCACUUAUGAGCCUCCUUCUCCUACCCCAACUCCCGAUGCCUCUGUCGAAAUCAGCAUUGAUCCUAAAUCAUCUCGUCUUCAAGCCUUGGAUGCCUUCGAGCCCUGGAAUGGCGAGGAAUUCAAGGACAUCCGUGUUCUUGUUAAAGUCAAGGGAAAGUGUACCACUGACCACAUCUCUGCUGCUGGUCCCUGGUUAAAGUACAAGGGUCACUUACAAAACAUUGCUGAAAACACCUUGAUUGGUGCUCAAAAUGCGGACAAUGGCAAGGUCAACUUGGUCAAGAAUGUUACCAACGACACUGAAGAUACCAUCCCUGAAGUAGCCAAGUCCUACAAGAGCCAAAAUAUCGAAUGGACCGUCAUUGCUGAUCACAACUAUGGUGAGGGCUCUGCUCGUGAACAUGCUGCUUUGCAAGUGCGUUAUUUGGGUAGCCCUAUGAUCAUCUCAAGAUCAUUUGCUCGUAUUCACGAAACCAAUUUGAAGAAGCAAGGCGUUUUGCCAUUGACAUUCAAGAACGACGCUGAUUAUGAAAAGAUCAAUGGUGGUGAUGUGAUUGAGACACAAGGCUUGAAAACUCUGGCUCCUGGUUCUCCUGUCAAGCUGAUUGUUACCAAGCCUGAUGGCUCCAAGAUUUCUAUUGAUGCUGUUCAUACUCUAAGCGAGGAUCAAUUGCAAUGGAUCCGCGAAGGCUCAGCACUGAAUCUCAUCAAGAAGAACGUCGCUUCAGCUUAA